AGAAGAGGAAACAGACACUGCUCCGCUCCCCACAGAGAUGGCUGGUGGUCGCUUUCGCUGCCUGAGCUGCCUUCUCGCGUACACGGCCGCGCUGCUUCUCGGGGUCUCCCGCCACGAUGUGGAGGCUUCAGAAGGAAAACAAGUCAUUCAUAAAAGAGUUGGAGACUCUGUGGAGCUUUUAUCAAAUUUACCAGCUGAAGGCGUCACCAGCGUAGAAUGGAGAUAUAAAAACACAAGAGUAGCAAUCAAAGGUUCAGGUGUUAUUAGAAACAAUCCAUUUAAGGACAGAGCGAAGUUCAAUAACAUAACCUUUAGUUUAACAAUAAGAGACCUGACUCUUCAAGAUUCUGGUGAAUUUAAUUUAAUCACAGAGGUCAAAGACCAUCCAGGUUCAGUCUUCAUCACUCUGCAAGUUCACGAGCCAAUAUCCACAAAUCCCAAUGUGUUUUCAAACAUCACUCAGCCUGGACCAAAUGGAUUUUGUACAGUUUUUCUGGAGUGCAAAGCAAAUCCUCACAGCAACGUCACUUACAUCUGGACUGUGAGAAACCAAAGUAGUAACGGCCCCAGGCUGCAAUACAACAUUACACCACAAGAUGGCGACACCACAUUCACCUGCAAUGCCUCUAAUGUUGUCAGUGAGAAGUUAGCAUCUGAAACACUGAGAUGUAGCAACACCACAGGACCCACAGCCUCUAAUGAAGGAAUCCCAAUCCUAGUCUGGAUUAUCGUUGCAGCAGUUGGAGGUUUACUGAUCAUUAUUAUAAUCAUAGUGGUGAGCGGAUGUCUCUGCAAAAGAAGAUGGUCUGGCAGUGAUUCAAACGAACUCACAGUUUAUGCCGAUAUCUCAGAUUUUUCAUCUGAAGUUGGUCCCUCUGAUAAGCCCUGCUCUCUGUACGACACUAUUGACCCUCAGACGAUCUACGACAAGAUCCAGAUUGAACGGAUGAGGAAGGCUUCAGUGUCUCCAUACCAGGAGGUUUCCUAGACUGUUUGAACCUUUACAUUCUGGUGCACCUCAGAAAAAAAGUCAGAAAACACCUGGUGGCGUUUAAUGGUAAUGGAGGAACCAUUAGAGCCGAGAGUAAUUUUGCGACGUUUUCAGCAACUUUAAGAUAGUGGCAAAUCUUGCUGCAACGCGUGCUGUCCAAGUUACACGUUAUACCUGUUCAUGUCAAUGAGCGCUUUGGCAUUUACAAUAUGCAACAUGUAAUGUCAGACCCUCUUCAGACCUGGCAUUAACAUGUCUCUUAGUUGAUAAAGACAAACAGUCAUUGGAAAUGUAUCCAUACCCCUUGAUCUGUUUCACAUUUUAUCACAUUACGAUUGAGAUUUGUGUGAUAAACGGCACACAGCAGUGUAUAAUUUGGAAGUUGGAGGAAAAUUAUUCAUGUUCUGAAAAGGAUGACAUGAAUUUGGAUUCAGACUCUUCAACCUGUGAAUCUCGGUAGCUCCUCCAGAGUGACCAUAUAGUAUUCUUGGUUACUCAUCGAAUUGGUAUGUAGUUCUCAUGUGACAAAACACUUUGGGGAUCUUUGCAGCUGUCAGCCAUCUUGGUAGGGAUCAUACUAACUGUAAUGGUAGUUGCUAUGACAAUAAACAACCCACAAGCUUAGAACGAGCUCUUGCCUCAUUUCUAUCUAAUUUAUAAACAAUAAAAGUACAUUAAAACUACUACUC